UCACCCUCCUCACCCCCUCCUCCUCCACUGGCCGCCAUCACCAUGAACUCCGACAACCUGCAGCUCAGCCUGGCCGCCGGGGCCUCGGGGGCCGCCACCGCCACGGCCACCGCCACCGCCACCGCUACCGCCACCGCCGGCAGCGUGUCCGGGAACGUUCCAACUGCUGCUGCUUCUGCAGCAGAGACUUCCAUUUCAAACGGUGUCUAUGUUCCUCAAGGGAUUGCCAAUGGGGAUGUCAAACCUGUUAUAUCAACAACACCACUGGCAGACUUCCUUAUACAAUUAGAAGAUUAUACACCGACAAUACCAGAUGCUGUGACAGGGUAUUAUCUGAAUCGAGCAGGCUUUGAGGCUUCUGAUCCUCGAAUAAUUCGUUUAAUAUCUUUGGCCGCACAGAAGUUCAUCUCAGAUAUUGCAAACGAUGCCUUGCAACACUGUAAGAUGAAGGGAACUGCAUCAGGAAGCUCCAGAAACAAAAGCAAGGACAAAAAAUACACCCUCACCAUGGAGGAUUUAAUUCCUGCUCUCACUGAAUAUGGUAUAAAUGUGAAGAAACCUCAUUACUUUACAUAAAGACCUGGAAACAUCUUCAUCAGCAAACUAGUGACUACUUGUUAACAUCCAACAACUGCUGUACAGUGUCAGCUCCGAAUGCCUUUCACAAAAUCUGAUGGUGGAAAAGAAAUACGCCACAAGCUGAGUUUUCUGAUUUGACAGGCUUUAAAGUGGUUCUGAAUCUACAUCCAAUAUUUGUUCGUCGUUUGGAGGGCUGCAUUAUUUUUCACUGAUUCUCACAUUUCCUUUUGAAUUGUUACUUAUGAUGAUAGGAUUGAAAUAAUUUUUGGAUCUGUGUACAAUGCAUUUAGAAGGUAUUGUUUCAUUUCUGUACACCUAGUCAGGAUCAGUUAGAAUUUAAAUUAAUACCCUGGAAUAUAAUGGCCUUUAGGAAAUGUUCUGUAUAAUAGUUUCUCAAAAGUAGCAAGCUAGCAUUAGCGACCAGUAAGAAGAUAGUCAUAUUAUUUUCAGGUGGAUCUGCAUGUUUUUCAUAUGAUGCAUUUCAAAAGUGUUCACUUGUAAAUCUGUUCUUGCCUAAAAAAAAUUGUGUAGUCAAUUUAUUUUCUUUUUGAGGGGAAAGGAGAGAAUAGCCGACCUUCUCUUGAAUUUGGAAAAUAUUCCAAGCAAGCAUCUGCUUUCGCCCAGUAACGUCAGGUAGUCCAGCUCAUUUAAACUAAUGUAGAAGUAAAAGAAAGUUAGCCACAUGAGGGGAAAAAAAUUAUAAUUUUAAGUACUUCCUAAAGUCUACUAUUUAAAUUUUGAAAUUGCAGUUUCAGAUUCUUGAUCAGAACAGGAGUGGGGAUUUAAACUUGUUUUGAUAGGUCACUUCUGGGCCUCUAAAAUAAUUCCAACAAAAUAAUUACCAUUUCUUCAAAAUUGGCAAUGUUUUAACAAAAUUAGUUGAUUUAACCUUGUUUAAAUUAGUCUCAUCUUUUUAAAAACUUACAAGUUUAAUUUAUAUUGUUUUCUUAAAUGUUUAAAAAAAUUCAGGUAACCAUUUAAUUUGCCUUUAACUGCCUUGGAUUUCAUCUCUAUUUUACCACAGCAUUUCUGAAGAAUGUGAGCUUUAGGGAACCUUUAUGUGAAUUGAGUGAAUGGUUUUGCUCCUUUUAGGACUAAAGGCUUAUUCCAUUUAAAGAUGUUCAGUCACAUGAGAAAUGCGGAAGCGCAGUACUUUCAUACCUUUGAUUUGCAAUCUUGAACUAAGAAAGAUUCCUGCAUUCUAUAAAUGUCCAAUUCUUACAAUAAAUUUACCUAAUUUUG